GUUUCCAUUCCAAUGGAAGUUGUGAAGCAUUUACUGUAUGCAUUUUUCUCUCUCUAAAAACUACUGCAAAAACUAAUCACUUUCUCUCUCUAGAUUACUCAGAAAUUUGUGUUCAAACCAGAUUGCAUUUCAAUUGAAUCUGAUUACAAAAUCAAUCUGCUCCCUCGGUACUCUGAAUCAACUGUAUUUGCAUUCAAACUGAGGAUUUUCGUUAGCUUGAUUGAUUCUGGUUCUUGAAACUUAGAAAAUUUUUAGUCUCGAUUGUGAGGUGAAUCGCGUUCUUAGGACUGGAGAUUCUAUAGAAAGGUAUCUGAAUUGAGAUUCUUGGGGUUUAGUUCUGUACUGGAAGUUGAAGUUUUAUCUGCUACCAAGUUUGCUGUUAUUGGGGAUUUGUUAUUUCAUUGUCUGAUCAUGAUGAGGACGAGCAAGGGAGAAAGAAUUAGUCACUAUAUAGAAUUCCGUAGUUUGGUUCCAGAGUAUCAGUAGCUGAUUCAAUUCUGAUUUCCGUUGCUAUCUUCAUUGGGGUCACUGAUUAGUUAGUUGUUGAGACGAGCAAAAUGCUGGAGACUCAGUUAUGUCCUACUCGGGUGUUAUCACCUUUCCGUGAAGAGAGUGGAGAUGAGGAGUUGUCUGUACUUCCGAGGCAUACCAAAGUUAUUGUGACGGGAAACAACAGAACCAAGAGUGUUUUGCUGGGGCUUCAGGGAGUUGUCAAGAAGGCUGUUGGGCUUGGUGGUUGGCAUUGGCUGGUCCUGAAAAAUGGGGUUGAAGUCAAGCUACAAAGAAAUGCAUUGAGUGUGCUAGAGCCUCCCACGGGGGAUGAAGAUGAGGACGAUUAUGACUUUGAUGACUCGACCAGUGGUUCAGAACUUGGUGAAAAAGAAAACCAUCACUUUGCUACUGGUGUCGUAUACAGAAAAGUGAGCAAGCCUAGAGUUCGAUAUACAAGGCCAUGGGCCUUAUCUGGACCACCAAAGACAAUGAACCGUGGCAAUUGCAGAGACGUUGAAACUAACUAUUUGCAACCGAGGUUGAACUUGGCAAAACUCGGAACUGGUUCAUUAUGGAGGUACUGGCGAAACUUCAACCUUGCACAUAUUAGCCCUAACCCGACAAAAGAACAACUGCUUAGCGCUGUUCAGCAACACUUUUCGUCACAGCGAGUUGACGAGGUACAAGUGGUGAUGGAAUUUAUCCGCGCAGCCAAGAAACUAAGAUCAACUGACACACAUUGAGAUUUAUCGAUGACGAUGAUAGGGAGGGAAAUUUGUGAAGGAAGGUUGGAUUAUUAUCUGUAAUAUAAUGCAAUGCAUAUAUAGAGUAAAUAUUUAUGAACCUCUAACUUAGUUCAGCUAAUUAUAGAACUCUACUAAUAGAGACUGGUGGGAGCUUCUUUGUUAGCUUACUCCCCCAAAAUUGUCUCCCGGAUCCCUAACCUUGUAUGAUCCGGCCCCGACCUGGACCCUGACCCCGUUAAAUAUAAACUUCAUUUCUAGUGUGAAUUUUGUGUUGAAGUUAAUCGAGGUGUGCGUAAACUGAUUUGAGAUGAAGAAAAUAUCUCAAAACA